AUGAAUCAAUCAGCCAAUCUUCAAUCAGCAAAUAAUAUGAUUCAAAGCAGCUGUUGCUAAAAAUAUAUUUAUUAAUUAAAAUAGAGCUGCGAAGUAGCUGUAGUUAAUCGUAUCACGCGUGCAAUUAGCGAUGGUGCCUGCUUCUAAAUGGCGGCAAUAAAGUGA